AUGAAGGCUGCCAUUUCACUCCUCCCCUUGGCGGUACUGGCUACCGCCCAGCUCCAUUACGCUGAGCAGAAACCUCUGGAAGGCCAGCCAGUGGACGAGAUCCCCAUAGCAGAAAAGCCCUUCUCUACUGAGCCAUUGUCCAUUGACCAGAUACCGCUACUCGGCUUUGGCACCUGGAAUUUGAAGGAAAACUGCACCGAGGCGGUCUCAUAUGCCAUCCAGCAAGGCUACAGGCACAUUGACUGUGCUGCUGCUUAUGGGAAUGAGUUCCAAGUCGGUCGAGGCAUUGCCGAGGGUUUGGCCGUGACUGGCCUGACGAGAGCAGAUCUCUGGAUCACGAGCAAACUGUGGAAUGAUCACCAUAACCCCAACCAGGUCGAAGCAGCUAUCGACGACUCCUUACAGAAGCUUGGGGUUGGUUACUUGGACCUAUACCACAUGCACUGGCCGGUAAAGGAUGGCUGGUUCGGCAGGAAAUAUAUCGACUACGUCGACACUUGGGGUGCAAUGGUACUGUUGAAGGAUAAGGGCAAGGCCCGCCACAUCGGAGUGUCCAACUUCAGCCCACAUCAGAUGGAGGACCUUCUUAAGAACACUUCUGUCGUACCAGCUGUGCAUCAGAUGGAACUCCACCCCUACCUCCAACAGUCCGACUUCGUUGAAUGGCACUCCAAGCACGGCAUCCACGUGACAGCCUACUCGCCUCUCGCCGGCACCAAUCCGACGUACGACACCGGCAACUUCACGCAGCUUCUCAACAAUACCGUCGUUACCAAGAUCGCCUCGAAGCGCGACUGCACCCCCGCACAAGUCCUACUGGCUUGGGGAAUGGGCAGAGGCACAUCCGUCAUCCCAAAGACCUCGCAUUUCGAACGGGUGAAGGAAAACUUCGGGUCGUUGGAGUGUGAGCUGAAGGAUAAGGAUGUGGAGAAGAUUGAUAAGUUGGGCAAGGCGCACAAGAGGUACAACAACCCGAGCAAGAGCUGGGGAUUGGAUUUGUAUGAGGACUUGGAGGAUAGCAAGGGAGAGCAUAAGAAGCACUCGUAA